GUGUAAACCAGGUCUACCCAGUAAGGCACUUGUAAAAGCAGGCCCAUGUGGUGUGCUGAAAAACCGGGCGACAUACUAGCACUUUAGAAAGCAUUUAACUGAAUACAUUUCACAGCUGAAUGUUAUAGCACACCUUUCCAAUAUGCUAAUAGAAGCAUUAGAAGGGGAUGUUACAGUCGUCUACUGUAAUGCCAUUGCUGCCUCAGUGCAGAUCGAGGUGGAACCUGUUGGUCGGUGGUUCGAGGCCUUUCUGAAGAGGAGGAACAGGAAUGUAUCGGCCUCCUUCCAGGAGCUUGAGGAAGAGGAGGAGCUGUCUGAGGAAUCUGAGGAUGAAGAGCUGCAGCUGGAGGAUUUCCCCCUGCUGAGAACACUGGACCCCAAAGACUGGAAGAAUCAAGAUCACUAUGCUGUCCUUGGACUGGCUCAUAUGAGGUACAAGGCGACACAGAAACAAAUCAAAGCUGCCCACAAGGCAAUGGUGUUGAAGCAUCACCCUGACAAAAGGAAAGCUGCGGGAGAGCUGAUUGUAGAAGGAGACGGUGACUACUUCACCUGUAUAACUAAAGCUAUAGAGAUUCUGUCAGAUCCUGUGAAGCGAAGAGCAUUUGACAGUGUAGAUCCUACCUUUGACAACGCUGUGCCUUCAAAGGGCGAAGGCAAAGAUAACUUCUUUGAGGCGUAUGCUCCCGUUUUUGAGAGAAAUGCCCGGUGGUCUUCUAAAAAACACGUUCCCAGACUUGGCACUAUGGAUUCCUCUUUUGAGGAUGUGGAUAAUUUUUAUUCUGUUUGGUACAACUUUGACUCAUGGAGAGAGUUUUCUUAUUUGGAUGAAGAGGAAAAGGACAAGGCAGAAUGUCGUGAUGAGAGGAGAUGGAUUGAAAAGCAGAAUCGUGCAGCCAGAGCCACCAGGAAGAAGGAAGAGAUGAAUAGACUACGGACGCUUGUUGACACGGCCUACAGCCUUGAUCCCAGGAUAAAGAAAUUCAAAGAUGAUGAGAAGGCCAGAAAGGAGAAUGAGAAGAAGGCCAAAGCAGACGCCAAGAGGAAAGAGCAGGAAGAGAAGGAGCGGGCUCGGCAGGCAGAGCUGGAUGCUGCACGGCUGGCCAAAGAGAAGGAGGAAGAGGAGGCCAAACUGGUUGCCCAGCAGGCCAAGAAGGAGAAGGAGAUCCAAAAGAAGGCCAUCAAGAAAGAGAGGCAGAAACUGAGGACAACUUGCAAGAACUGGAAUUACUUUGGUGACAAUGAAUCUGAUAGUGUGAAAAUGAUGGAAGAUGUGGAGAAACUUUGUGACCGUUUGGAGCUUGUGAGUCUGCAAUCCCUGAAUGAAGGAUUGGCAUUGGGUUCAAAGGAGGAGGGCAAGGUAGCGGUGGAGAAGCAGGUGCAGGAGGUGAAUGCCCAGCUGCAAAAGGAGAAGGAUGCGGAGGUGCAGGCCAGGCAAGCUGUCCGUACUACCGUACAGGCCAGCGGAGGGGGCGGGGGCGGAGGAAAGGGCUGGAAUGAGGAAGAGCUCCCGCUGCUCAUCAAAGCAGUCAACCUGUUCCCUGCUGGAACCAACGCCAGAUGGGAAGUCAUUGCCAACUACAUGAACUUGCACUCCACCAGUGGCAUCAAAAGGACAGCCAAAGAUGUUAUCAACAAAGCCAAGAACUUACAAAAGCUUGAACCCGGGCAGAAAGAUGAGAUUAACAAGAAGGCCUUUGAGAAGUUUAACAAAGAGCAUGCAGCCGUGCCCCAGACAGUGGACAACGCAGUGCCCUCUGAGAGAUUUGAUGGUGCUGAAGCCAACACUGCAUCCUGGACCACUGAGGAGCAGAAGCUUCUAGAGCAGGCCUUGAAGACCUACCCAGUCAGCACCCCAGAGAGGUGGGAGAAGAUUGCUGCAGCUGUGCCCGGACGUACCAAGAAGGACUGUAUGAAGAGAUAUAAGGAACUGGUGGAAAUGGUCAAAGCCAAGAAGGCCGCCCAGGAACAAGUUGGCAGUAAAAGCAGAAAAUGACAAGACAAACAGCCCCAUGUUCUUCUUUUAACGUUAUUGUGUUGGUCUUUAUUUUAUAAUAAAAUUCAAAGAAACCACAACUUAAACUCUGUUUGUAAAAGUUGAUAUGUUUAUAUAUUGUACAGUUGGCUGCUCGCUGUUAACUUUCCUAAGUAUCUAAAGAGAGCACCAAUUCUCAGGUUCUCAUCCAGUACAUCCCACUGCGAAUUCGGUUGUAGUCUGGGAGCUGCUCAAUUGGUCCUGAAAAAGAGGGAAAUGUACUGAAUGCUCUUUAUACCACACCAGUUUUGUAAGUAGUCAUAUCAUCAACAGUUCAAUUCCACUGUUUUGCCCUAGCAGCACAGGUAAGGUCUUGACUGAGUGCAAUAUUGUAUGUAUUGUUUUGGCAAUGAAUGAAGUGUGUAUAUUUGUAGCUGAAAUUGCAUAACUUUGUUUGACGACCCCUAAUAGCCUUAAUUUGGAAGGGGGGGAAUGCCAGUAAACAGAAUGAAUUAGAAUCUGUUCAAUAACAAUAGAAAUCACAACGUACCGACUGCUGCGAUGGCAGGCGAUUUGUCAUAGAUGUAUUUUGUACACACGUCCUUGAUGGUCUUUGCAUCUAUGGCCUUCGAGGGACAUAAAAAAUAUUUCAAAUAAAGACACUGCAAUUUCCCAACACA